UAAUUUGUCUAUUUUAUUAUUUUUAUUUUACCUUUAUAAUUUUUGUAUUUCUGUAAUAUUCAAAAAUCAAAACUCUGACAAUAAUCCGAACUCCACAUAGAUUUCCAAUCCAGUCUCCAAUCUGAUCACAGCUCACAGGAAACGAGAAUCCUUAGAUUUAUUGCGCCGCUCGCCGUUGCCGCCCAUCAACCCUGCAGCGACGCUAGUAACUGUCACGAGAUCACCCGAUCACCGCGGCGGCAGCUGCCAUAUUCCGGCGACUGAGGAAUCCUAGCUAGUGCGUGUGUGCGAGAGUAUAAAGGAGAAUAAGAACUCAAUAACCGCUUUUGAUUAUGAUUAAUUCGCUAUGAAAUAAAACUCAAGAUUCCCUUUUUAUCUUUGCUCUGUUUAGCAUCUAAUUAUUUUCUGUUCUAACACUAUCUCUUAAUAAGAGCCACGAGUCACUAGAAACAUGGCUUGUCUUCAAGCCUGCAAGUGAGGAAAGCGAGUAAUGAUAUCUGUGUAAUCUUCCCAUGUAGCCUCGUCUUUUGGCAAAUGAGCCCAUUGGAUUAAAAGUUGAGUAUGCGGUUUGUUGUUGCGGUUGAAUGCGUCUGGCCAACACUUUGAUGGGGUGUAAGACCGUGUAGUAGAGUCUUUCCCUUGUCGCAAAUUCUGGCAAAUUGGCUCUCAUUUUGGAUGGCUUCUGGAAAGGAUACAGAGCAAGACUUACUCGCCGCUUCUCUAAAUGAUCUUUUCACCAAUGUCUCCGACAUGAUCAAAGGCGAGCUCCAGGGAACAAAUAACGUGCUCGAGCUUUUGGAGAAAAUGAAUGUUAGAGUGGGAGAAGAAUACAAAGGCUUCGGUGAUGUGGCCUCAGGAUUAAGAGUUUUUGUCGAGCAAUUGAAGUCGAAAAGCUGCACGUUCGACGACUGCGUUCAGCAGCUUGAUGCCAUAGAGCAACACGUGAUGGAGUUUGAAGCUGUAAUUUCCAUGCUAGACAGAUAUGUUUCCUUGUUGGAAUCAAAGAUGCAACAGGUUUACCAGAUUCCUCCUGCAUUAAAGUAAGCUAAGCUAGGCUCAUUGUUUUAUUCAACAGAUUAGCCUUCACUGUAUGCAGUCUCGACGGGGAACUAUUUUAUGUUGUAAUGGCAAAUUUCUUUUAUUAAAUUUAGGUUGGAUUUUACA